CACGCAGCAAUAUCAAAUAUGUAAUUAUUUUUUUUUUGAUUAGUCUGUACACUCCUAUAUGGGGUGUUGGGUGAGGAUAAUGUGCAGUUAACCUUUUCGUGAUGCCAGGGCACAGUUAGCACCAUCCGAGUUUGAGCCAGCUUCUCCUGUGCCAGGCACGGGGCAAUAAAUACUCUGACACAAGGUUACUGAAAAAUGGCUUUACUGAGGCAGAAUAGAUGGUCAAAUCUGUUACAGCUUUGAUUGGUGCAAAGACUGAAUGACUCUUCAAAAGAACAUACAGCGUUGCGAUGUCUCUGAUCCCUGACCUGUUCUCUGCUGCUAAACAACAUCUGAAAGGAUGCAAAAAGUCUUUUGCACUAAGGCUUGCUGCUCAAAUCCUGGCUGUAGAGUGUGGCUUAAAGCCAUGCUUCCUUUAUGACUUAAGUGCAGCGGACAUCCUGCAAGUCCAAAGAUAUCUCAAGGAGCUUCAUCAGAUUGGUUUCAUUCAGGGGCCUUUACAUAUUAUUAACGUGGAAGGAACUAUACUUAUCAUCAAUGUGCCAAGGGCAGCCUCUUACUUAGCGAUGCUUCUAAAUAGUAGGGAGUUACAUGUAAUAGAUGUCUCUGCUACACUCAGCCACCCUGAAGUGUUGGCCCAAGAUCGUCUUGGGAGUAUACAGUCCCAACUUUCUGACCUACUGACACUGCUAACACCUUACCAGAGUGAGCUACCAGGAACCAUUUCUGUGGCGGACAUCCCUUCUACAGAGUGGAAUCUGUGCACCAUAUUUGGUUUCCUCCUGCAUUACCCUACUGUCUACUGGUUUGACACCACCAGGAACUUUGAGAACUGUUUGUCAUUUGCGCCACUGAAACAUGUCUCUGUAGAGACUACAUGUUCCACAAUAGGACUCCAUAAACUGCAGGUAUAUUCUUUCAGUAUUCCAGAGUCGGUCUACCAUACUGUGCAGUUGUUUUUACAGGCCUGGACUGAGAGUUUAAAGGACACAUUUGGUGGACAAUGUCACUUUACAGACCUGAACAUUAUUAUGGAAACAGUAACAUUACCAGCUGUGGCUCUCUGAUAGAAUAUCAUUGGAGAAACAUUUCUCUCAGGAUAUACUGCUUUUACCCACAUUUUUGAUGAAUGUGCUGGAAGAAAUACAAUUUGUAAGAUUCACCUUUACUAAAAGACACCAUCUCGUA